GCUCAAGGACCUCCGGGAAGCCCGCAGAGCGCAGGGACCCGACAGUUGCCGAAUGAUUGAAUCGAGUGUGAAGAAUCCGAGGCACAAGGAGCUGAACGACAAACGCACAGAGCUGGUGGAGAGAUCCUUGAAGCAGGCCGAAGACCGCGAGAGGUCUCUUAGAUCCGAGCACAAGCCAAGGCAAGCCGCUCCGGCAGAGGUGCAGCUCAUCGCCUCCAAGCUCCACUCGCAACACCAAGAGCGGCAGGAGAAGCGCCAGGCGGCCUUACAGGAGAACGAGAAGCUUCUUGCCCGGAUCUACAGCUUUGCACCGAGUCUUUCGCCGAAGACAAGGGAGCUGGUGGAGUCCCAGGGCCGGAGUGAGCGGUUCUCAGUUCUGUACGACGACCAUCGGCGCAGGAUGGCCUUGAGGGAGGAGAUCACGAAGAAGAAGGACUUGGAAGAGCGGCGGCAAAUUUCGGAGAACAGAUUUCACAAGGUGGAGAGAAAAGUGGCGCUCGAUGCCAUUGAAAAGCUUCACACAGAUGCGCAGCUGCGGGCACAGCGGAUCAACGAACAGCGUGAGCAGAAGCUGCAGCAAGAGUUGAAGGAGCUGCGGGCAAUGUCGGUACACAGACAGUCCAAAGACGGCGAUGCUGCCGGUUUUGGCGACCGACUCUUCGAGGAGUCUAAGCAGAGACAGGAAAGGAAGCAGACGCGAGCGCUCCAGGCCCACAACGAGGCUAAAGCAGCAGCGCAGCCAGGUGUGGGUGCGCCCGGUGCGCCCACAUCUCCCCGUGGUGUUCUCCACCUCUACGAGGACGCAGCCAGAAGAGAAGAAUCGCUAGUGGAGAGGCGACGAAAGCUCUGGGAGGCUGAGAGCCAGGAAGCAUCAUUGGCUGUGCAGUGCUCGCGGUGGCUUUGGGUGUAUGCACUCUUCGACAUUGCUCGUACUGCUCGCUGCGAAGCUCCACUGGUGGAGCCCGGUUUGGUGACCCCAACCCUCUGGGGGAAGCAUCCCGACGAAUUCAUGGCUCGAGGAGUUCUGGUUUGCAACGCAACUGGACACUGGACUGUGCACUCAGACAUUUUUGACUUGGAGCAGAGAGCCGUGGAAACCGAAGAGUGGCAAGCGCAGGUGAUUACCGACAGCUUUGCCAAACAGUUCGAACGUAUGAAGCCGCCCGUUGGGUGUGCGAGCCACAACGCAAACCAUAGGCUUAGGUUCGGAAGCCACGCGGCCUUGCACUGCCAGGCUGACUCUGUGGUGUCUGUUGCGUCUUACAUCCGCAGCGGCCGCCUGAUUCAUCGCUUGUUUGACGUUCUUUACAGGCUGCCGUCAUCCCUUUUUCCGUUUGAGUGGAGCUUUCGUGGUAUCAACAUUGGAGCUGGCAUCGAUUCCUACCCAACAUGCAGCUCGAGCGACCAGCUUUGCAACCAGGACGAUCCCCUCGACCUGUGGAUGGGGAUGCUUGCACAGCAAGUUCUACUCAUAGACUCGGAUAUGAGCAGGCUACAGCAUGCGCUCUCUAAGCUACAUGACAAGCGAGCUCAAGCAGAGUCGGUGCCGUCUCAGUUCUAUGCUUUGAACAAAGCCACAACUCCGCUUGACAUUGACGCAGGGGAGUUGGACGAGAUCCUCACAGAUGCAUUCCGGGGCGUGGUGGACAUCAUUAAGAUAGACAUCGACUCCUACGACUGUGACGUGUUGGUUGCGCUCCUCCUGAAAGUUGAGGCACUAGUGAUCGUCCUCGAAUCACAACCUCUGGUGCCUCCUCCGUUCAAGUUUGCCAGGGCGUUUAGCUCUGACGACCCGCUGGAGCACGGACUAACAGGGUGCUCGCUGGCAUACCAGCUGCGCAUAUUGUCGCCAAACUACCAUCUUCUUGUCUACACUGAGCAAGACACGGUCUUCGUUCACUCCAAGCUCCUGUCCCUUUUCGAGUCCCUUCCAGCCGGAACGCUGUUUCCGUGGACGCGCUAUCCACUGCUCUUCCCCGUGGAUGAGCUGGACUGCUACCAGCGCUCGCGCUUCCUUCACGCUGCAGAUGCGGCCGAUCGAAGCCUGGGUGGGGAUCACUCACGAGGACUGGAGCGUGUGACGCCGCCCGCAAUACCUGUGGAUUUCGUUCGGGAAUGGCUGCACAGCACUACACCACGUAUAACUUUGGACCUGAUAUGGCGCAACAUCACCGGCAUAGCAUCUAGUACGUCCACUGCGCCCCUCGAAAACGUUCGCUACAUCUUGGAUCUCUGA